AGAGACAUUCUCAAAUUUCUCUCCCAUCAGACAAGUCUGUAAGAAGUAGAACGGCAGACCGGAGCCGCUGGUAAAGCAAGACGUAAGCACCGGGUGAGCUUGGGUUGAAUCCAAACAUUCAUUCUACCAGAUCGUCUCUAGGCUUUCACUCGGACCUCGAAGGUGAAUCCAGAGGGAAGAGAGAAGACCGGUUUGCGUGUUAGUCUGCUACCUGUUGGGAGCCGUUGGAGGACAUUUGGCAGACAUCUUGUUUUGGGAAGGUCAUAACCACAAACCAUCCAGGAGAAUGUUGCUAUUGGGAUGACCUUUGUGACCUCACCAUUGCCCGCCCCCGUAAAGAUCAACCACCAAUUAGGAACCCUGAGGGAUGUGGUUGGCUGGUUCCAGUGAUUGACAGGUGACCAGCCAGACCUCUAGCUGCACCCUCCUGCUCUGAUUCCCCCUCCCCUCCCUCCCCUCCCUGGCGUGCAGUGCCAGCUCCCCCCACCAGGACGGAGACCCCCCACAUCUCUGCCAUGGUGACAUAAUCAGCAACACAGCAUGUGGGAGAACCAAUAUGGUGAAACCGUCUCAUUUCUAUCCCCAGUAGCUGCUCAAGCUGCUGCUGCUGCUGUUACUUCUAUAGCCUGUGGAUUACUAACCAGAAGACUGGAAAAAACAACACUGACUUGGGACUGAUUUAUUUCUGCUAAGCCUACCCUAGGCUAGCCUACACUAUCCUGUCCUACCCUACCAACAAGCCCGUUUCGGUCAGUAGUUCAGCCGGGUCAGGCGUUGUGCGUGACGAUGCUGGGAUGUGUGUCCCGCCUGCGUCGGCUGGUCCGUCUUGUCCGCCACCUCCCCCUCCAGACCUCCCUUCUCCUCCUCUUCCUCUUCUGCACCGUCAGCGUCUUCGUCUCCGCGUACUUCCUGUACGGCGCGAAACAGGAGCUCGAGCACUCAGGAGGGGGCGUGGCUGGUGGCGAGGUGGCGUCGGCCGUCUACGAUGACCUCCGGGUGAGCCCGUCGCGCCUGCUCCCAUUGCGGGCGGUGUCUAGGGGACCCGGGGGCGAAGGAGGGGUGAGGACAGACCCUGUGGUGCUGGUGUUUGUAGAGAGCCAGUACUCUCAGCUGGGCCAGGAUAUCGUGGCCAUCCUGGAGUCGGGACGUUUCCGGUACCGGACGGAGAUCUCUCCCGGUAAAGGGGACAUGCCCACGUUAACUGAUAAGGAGCACGGACGCUUCACGCUGGUCAUCUAUGAGAACAUCCUGAAGUACGUUAACCUGGACGCCUGGAACAGAGAGCUGCUGGACAAGUACUGUGUGGAAUACGGAGUGGGCAUCAUCGGCUUCUUUAAGGCCAAUGAGAAUAGCCUGCUGAGUGCCCAGCUCAAAGGCUUCCCCCUCUUCCUCCACUCCAACCUGGGCCUGAAAGACUGCACGGUCAACUCCAAGUCCCCCCUCCUCUUCAUCACCCGCUCCGGCCAACCCCUCCCAGGCCCCCUCCCCGGUGACGACUGGACCGUCUUUCAGUCCAACCACUCCACCUACGAGCCCGUCCUCCUGGCCAAGACCCAGUCCGCAGAGAGUGUCCCCUCACUGGGUACGACGGUCGCACUGCUUCCCUCCGUGGUGCAGGACCUGGGGCUCCAUGAUGGGAUCCAGAGGGUUCUGUUUGGGAACAACCUCAACUUCUGGCUGCACAAGCUGGUGUUUGUGGACGCGGUGGGCUUCCUGACGGGAAAGAGGCUCUCUCUCUCCCUGGAGCGACACCUACUGGUCGAUAUAGAUGACAUCUUUGUUGGGAAGGAGGGCACGAGGAUGAAGGUGGAUGAUGUUAAGGCCCUGUUGGAGACCCAGCAAGAGCUGCGUAACCAUGUACCCAACUUCACCUUCAACCUGGGCUAUUCAGGGAAGUUCUUCCAUGCAGGGUCAGAUGAGGAGGACCUGGGGGAUGACCUGCUCCUCUCCUACGUCAAGGAGUUCUGGUGGUUCCCCCACAUGUGGAGCCACAUGCAGCCCCACCUCUUCCACAACCAGUCAGUGCUAGCUGAACAGAUGCUGCUCAACAAGAGGUUCGCUAUGGAGCACGGUAUCCCCACUAACAUGGGCUAUGCGGUGGCACCCCACCACUCUGGGGUGUACCCGGUCCACCUGCAGCUGUACGAUGCCUGGAAGAAGGUGUGGGGCAUCAGGGUGACCAGCACGGAGGAGUACCCCCACCUCAAACCUGCCCGCUUCAGACGGGGAUUCAUACACAGUGGUAUCAGCGUCUUGCCCAGGCAGACAUGUGGCCUGUUCACGCACACCAUCUUCUAUAAGGAGUACCCAGGCAGUCCCAACGAACUGGACAAACUCAUUAACGGAGGAGAGCUGUUCCUCACUGUUCUACUCAACCCUAUCAGUAUCUUCAUGACCCACCUGUCUAACUACGGUAACGACCGGCUGGGCCUGUACACCUUUAAGAGCCUGGUGGCCUUCCUGCAAACCUGGACCAACCUGCGGCUGCAGACCCUGCCUCCCAUCCAGCUGGCCCAGAGAUACUUCAGCCUCUUCCCUAACGAGAGAGACCCACUCUGGCAGGAUCCCUGCGAGGACAAAAGGCACAAGGACAUCUGGUCAAAGGAGAAGACAUGCGACCGUUUCCCCAAGCUGCUUGUCAUUGGGCCUCAGAAGACAGGUUCUACAGCCCUCUAUCUGUUCCUGGGCAUGCACCCUGACCUGACCAGUAACUACCCCAACAAGGAGACCUUUGAGGAGAUCCAGUUCUUCAACGGACACAACUACCACAGAGGCAUCGACUGGUACAUGGAGUACUUCCCCCUGCCCUCCAACACCAGCUCAGACUACUACUUUGAGAAAAGUGCCAACUAUUUUGACUCUGAAGUGGCAGCGGAGCGGGCGGGUGCCCUCUUGCCUAAAUCCAAGAUCAUCACCAUCCUCAUCAACCCAGCUGACCGCGCUUACUCCUGGUACCAGCACCAGCGCGCUCAUGACGACCCAGUGGCUCUGAAAUACUCCUUCCAUGAUGUUAUCGUGGCUACCCAUGAUGCCCCGGUGAGAUUGCGUGUGCUCCAGAACCGUUGCUUGGUUCCGGGCUGGUACGCCAUCCACCUGGAGAGAUGGCUCAACCACUACCACUCCAGUCAGGUCCUGGUUCUGGAUGGGCAGCAGCUGAAGACUGAGCCGGCCUCAGUCAUGGACAGGAUCCAGAGGUUUUUAGGCCUGGUCAACACGGUCAACUACCACAGGAUCCUAGCGUUUGACCCCAACAAAGGCUUCUGGUGUCAGCUGCUGGAGGGAGGGAAGACCAAGUGUCUGGGGAAGAGCAAGGGGCGGAGGUACCCUGACAUGGACCCAGAGUCCCAGUUGUUCCUCAGGGAGCACUACAGGGAUCAAAACAUAGCAUUAUCUAAGCUGCUGUACAGGAUGGGCCAGCCCCUGCCCAGCUGGCUCCGAGAGGAACUGGUCCAUACCAGGUAGCAGGGGGAGGGGGACAGCUCAGCGGACUGUACCACAGCUUAACCACCCCCCAUAUGGAGGAGUAUGAUAUGAAUCCCCUGGAGGAUCCAUAGGAGGGUAAGAAAGGGGUGUGUUCUGAUGAAGGCCUCUCCUUCUGUAUGUGCUCUUCAUAAGAGGGAAGAACAGGGAGGAAGGGAGAGCAGGGAUGGUGACCUGUGGUCGAUGAGUCUACAAUGUCUCAUAACCUAGGCCCUAAGUGCACUCCUCUCUCUCCCUAAAUUGUACCUCCCCAUGAAAUACCACCACCCUUACUUGGUACAUUCUAUGAAGAGACUACCCACAAGACUGUGCCACCUCUUACAGAGGUGGAGGGGUGUGAAGGUACCGGUACAGAUAGGAUGGGAUGGAGAGGAGGGUGUGGUCAACCCUCAUCCCCUCUUUCUUUGACUAUCCCUUGCGUUCCUCACAUGGACUUGGACCUUACUCUUGAGAGGAACUGGAGGAUGAAGAGGAAGAGUGAGACUUGCCUAGCCUGCACAGUACCAGUCAUUUAAGCCUGGGUGAGGUGAAAUAAGGGCAGAUAUUACACUAGAGCAGAGAUCAUUUAGUACUUGAAUCAAUUAAAGAACGAAUGACAUUAGUUGAAAAUGCCUGUGGUUUCUAUCUAAAAACCAUAGGGGGGUGGUAUUAUGUAUAUUGACUCAGGCUACAGGUGUGAUGUGGUCUUAUUCACUAGGCCUUUAGACACUAGACAUGAACACAUUUACCAGUGCCCUGACAGAGUCUUCACCACUACAUUACCUGGCCUAUUGACAGUUCUUAUUUUUUAAGAUUGGGAUUUGGAGACAUGUUAUUGUAAAAGGUGACCAGAAACACAUUUUGCUUCGUUUCUGUUUCAGAUGGGUUUGCAUACACAGCACAGGAAGUGUCAGGCAGACAGCCAGGCUGCACACAUUGAAAGCACAAUAUGCAAAGUAUUGGUACAUCUCAUAAAUAGACUUUACAGAUACACACAUAUUCUAAUUUAUCAGGUUGUCUGAAAGCACAGUCAUUCUAAUUAACAGCUUGUCUGAAAGCACAGUCAUUCUAAUUAACAGCUUGUCUAAAAGCACCGUCAUUCUAAUUAACAGCUUGUCUGAAAGCACAGUCAUUCUAGUUUAAUAGGUUGUCUGAAAGCACAGUCAUUCUAGUUUAAUAGGUUGUCUGAAAGCACAGUCAUUCUAAUUAACAGCUUGUCUGAAAGCACAGUCAUUCUAGUUUAAUAGGUUGUCUGAAAGCACAGUCAUUCUAGUUUAACAGCUUGUCUGAAAGCUCAGUCAUAACACAGAUAUUACAGUAUGUGAAGUCGGUCCCAAGUUAAACAAAGUACAACUUAUGAAGGCUUCAUAUAGUAUACAUAAAGGCUUCAUAGGCACUACAAAAAUGCUUCACAAAUCAUCUAUAAUCAUAUUUCAUACUCUAAAUGGUGUAUAAAAGGUGACUACACUUCCCACUGUAGGAUGAAUUGCCAAAUGUGACAAACACACUGUAUGCUUAUACACCAUUCAUAGUGUCAUACGCUAAUUGUGAAGCGUUUAUGUAGUGCUUAUAAAGCCUUAAUGUAUGCUCUUUCAAGCGUUUAUAAGUUGUACUUUGUUUACAGUGGUAACGUGAAGUCUGACAUAAGCUAAGUUUAAAUGCACUCAAGUCCAUCAGUCAUCUGCAGUGUGAGGAUUAUUUUUUACAAAUUCUUAUUUUGAAUGUUCCAUUUCAUUUGUUUUAGCAGUUGUUCAUAGUAUUUCUGAGUUGCAUCAGGGAGAAUCUAAAUCAUGAACAUCUGACAUAGUCAGUAUGGCCCAAGUUAUAGUAGUAGUUGUAACUCAGACAUUAGUCACAUGGUACUACCACUGCAAGCAUACAUAACAAAAAGCUGCUCUUACCGCAAUACUUUUGUACAACGUUGUUCAGACUUAAUAACAACGCACAUGCUGUUUGUUUCUUUCUUUCCUGACUCUGUAAUCUAAUGUUGUAGACAUCAAUUAUUGAAUGCGAUUGAGGUGAAACUCUUUCAGCCCCCUCUCAUAAUGCAACGAAAGAGGUAUUCAGUGGGACAGAAUCAUCCAGGUAGUAUUGAAUUGUCACUGCUAUGGAUCUUAAUAUAGUGCCAUCUGCUGAAGUCCCGACAGAUUUCUUUCAUCCUCUGUUCAUACGAAUGUUCCUCCCCUCAACUACCCCCACACUGCCAAUUGUUGUACAGAGCUCCUUGAUUUCUUUAUUUAAAGUAUUAUUGACAUGAUAAUAACACAAUAACAGCAAUGAUGGUACUAAUCUCCCCGGACUGUACGAUAAAGACUUGUAAUUGUUGUCAAUCAUUUUUACAGUGUAACUAAUAUUGUCAGUGCUUUUUAAUUAGCAAAUAAAACCACUUGAUUUUUUAUA